CCAAUACCAUUGGCAGGAAAUCACCAUCUACGCCCAUCCGAGCGAAGCGGUUUCCACCUCCCGCUCAGCAGGAAAGAUAAAUGACAUCCUGGCCGCAUCCCGGCACCGGCAACCCAUCCCGACGAGAUCGGGUCAGGAUGCCGAUCUGAUAAGAUAAGUAAGCUUUUUUCUUCCGAUGUUGUCCUGUAAAUAAGCUUUGUUAGCGUAUUGAGUCGGCAGGAGAACCCGAACGGGCUUGUCUCCCUGCAGAAAACAGGCUGGGACUCGGGAUUGUGUGCCUCGCUUUCAGAGUGUAUAACGCUGGCUAUAGUGUAUUAAUGCAAUGAUAAAAGGGCUGCCGCCGGGAGCAUGCCCACAGUGAGGGAAUAAUAUGGAACCAUCCAACUUUUAGCUGAAUCUAAUAUUAACCCGUUCUCACAUCUUCUCUAACCCUCCCAAGCAAUAAGACCACAAUCAAUCUAAAAAUCAUGGUUGGCAAAUCUUCAACGCGCAGAGUUAGACUCAAGGCGCGUAAGAACGUGGUAACUUUCCUCAUCUGCCUACCCUCGCGAUACGCUGAAGACUUCCGCCUGCUCUGCCAACGAAAUCCUGUUCCCUGUCCUCUCCUGGCAGAAUCUAAAUCCGUCGGCAAAUAUUCAGAUCUAAAAUCACGGAUGCCCAAGAUCCAAGACGGCGACAUUGCAGCUGAAAUCGACCUUCGCACGGACGCCUCUCGUUAUAUGGUGUACAGCGAUGGCAAGCUGGUCAAGUUUCAAUGCCAAGAUAUACUCGACGACUGGACGGAGGACCAUGUGGGAUUCUUGAUCAGAUGUUCGAUUAGUUUCAAGAGCGCGCUUACGCUUGCGGGGCUCCCCCCUCUUCACACUGUCAUGCAACGGAACUAUCCAAUAUACAGGACGAACAUCCCCCUCUCCCCUGCGGCCGUUUUCACAUGGGGUACAUUCGUGGUCUCGAUGAGGCCCUAUGCUUUGGAUCGAAUCGACGAUGUACGGACUAUAACACGGCCCCGAAAUGGGAGAAGGGGAUGCUCAGGAGGCGUUCUGCGCUCGUGGAGAAAAACUUCUUUGGCGCUUCCUCGGGGCUGGAAACCACCGGCCUACGUUGCUAUUUCAGAGCUCAGUGAUAUUUGGGCAAAGGGCAUGGCUUCAGAGCCAAAUAACCCCACCACCCCCGCGUCAGGGUUCCAGUCUCUUUUCGGGAAUGUUUACAAAAGGGAUUUCGGAAUUGGAAUUAUUAUCUACGACAACUUCAAUUUAUUCUGGGGCAAGGUAUCCAGAGGAUAUUCGGAUAUGUUGCUCUCUACACACUCGACGCAUGUCGGUUUGGAUCGGCCCCGCCGUGCCUCCGUAGCCUGCAAUUACUGUAGAAUACGCAAGAAGAGAUGUUUUGGUGGAAAUGAUGGAUUGGCCUGUAGAGCCUGUGCAAUCGCAAGUCGAACAUGCACUUACCCGAACGUCCAAAAGACUGUCCGAGUCCCUGAAGCAUAUCUCAUACAGCUCGAAGCUCGACUUAAAGCAUAUGAGCGAAAACGUCAGAAUGAUACAAGACGCCAGGGAUCAUUAAAUGUGGCCCCCAUUGAACAUCAACCCCAGCAGGAUCCUCCUACUGCCGCUCUCUCAGACGGCUCUGAGUCACCGACUCCAAUCCAGGAUGGGGAAGACAUUGACGAUAACCCGCUAACUGAAAAGAUAGCUCAUCUAGUCCUCAGUCCUGAAGGUGAUAAACGAUAUUUUGGCAACUCCUCCUCAGCCAGCCUAGGGAAGAAGUUUCUCGACUUUGUCAGGUCGUUUAAGGCCGGCCUUGAUAUUGGAGAAGAUUUCAUAACCCCAACUUACAAUAGCAACUCAAACUUCUCUAUUCGGACGAACGCACACCAGUCCAGGCCAUCGGCUACUUUACUCCCACCUUUCCCUGUUGCGAAACGGCUCUAUGCGGCGCAAUAUGCAUACAUUGGCACAAUUUUCUCCUUCAUUUCUCCAGAAACGUUCGAGAAGAAUAUUCGCGAGAUGUAUGAUCGAGAGCCUGACUUUUCGGACAUAGGAGACCGCCUACGGUAUUGCCAAAUAUUCAUAAUACUUGCAUUUGGCCAGAUGUACUCGAUCAAUCAAUGGAUGAGUUAUGAUGGGCCCCCUGGGUUUAAGUACUUUCAGCAGGCGAUGAACCUACUUCCGGAUAUCCAUGAGCAACCUUCGGUGACUUUUGUCGAAGUCCUAUCAUUGGUUGGAUACUUCUUUCAGAAUUUGAACCGUAGAGAUGCUGCUUUUUUAUAUAUCGAAUUAGCGCUACGAAUGGCCAUAUCAUUAGGUUUGCACCAAGAAGUCUCUGAUAAUAGUUUAGACGACCACGCUCGUGAGCAUCGUCGACGUCUUUGGUGGUCCGUUUACAGCUUGGAUAGAAUUCUCUGUGUCAAAUCAGGAAAUCCACUCACGAUCGCGGAUGAGGAUAUAGGCGUUUUACCCCCUUCUCGUUUACCCGAUGAACCAGAUAUAUGCGCAGCCACUGUCCUGUUUCACUACACUGAAUUGUCUAGGAUUCUGGCUAAAAUAAUGAAGAAUGUAUAUCGCACACCGCGCACCACAGCUUACAAUCUUGUGAGCUCGGUACAGUCUAUCCUUGCCGAGUUAACCCAGUGGCACUCAAAUUUACCUCAGGCGCUGCAGUGUGAUUUUACAAAACUGGAUUCUGAAAUAUCACGCCAGUCUGUGUCGAUCUUUUUGCACUACUCACAGUGUAUCAAUAUGACAGUUCGGCCUCUAGUCUUUAACGUGGUUCGAAAAUGUCUCCAGAACCAUGAGAAAACGGGGGAAUGGGCGGAUUGGAGAAAUGGCCUGCAACAGAGCACAGUAUUAGCUGUGGAAACAUGCAUCGCUGCAGCCCGGAAUAGUGCAGCGGUAAUGGCUGCCGCUGCCAAACAAAAUCUCAUGGCAACAUACGGCUACAUGGACGGCGAACAUGCCUUCUCCGCCGCGAUAAUCCUCGUCAUGAUCAAUAUUGCCUUCCCGCACAACGCGAGAGACCAUGCGGCGAUGACCCUUGCCCUCGACGUGCUCAACAGCAUGGCAGAAAAGGGCAAUUUACACAUUCGAUCCCUCCAUCGCCUCCUCCUCAACCUCUACAACACCGUGCUCCCAGUAUCUGCUGACCCCGACGAGGAACCUGCACCAACAACACCAGCACGCCAGUUCUUAUCACCCCCAGCUGAAUCUGCACAACCGGCCACCUUAACUACCGAGUCUGGGCUAGAACCAGGGCCUGAGCUAGGGUAUGAAGCAGCGCCAAUUCCGCUACCCCAUUUCACACCGGAAGACCCACUCGCUGCAUUCCUAGCCGCGCAGCAGGCGGCGGCAUCAACUAUACCUAUGCCUGGUGAGGGCGGGUUCAUUGUUCCAGAGGAGUUACUCUCGUUUGAAAAUCCAGCGAGUGAUGCGAUUUUGUGGGAGGAGGGGUAUGGGACUUUCGAUGUCGGGAUGGAUUUUGACUGGGCGCAGUGGAACGCGUGAACUCUGGAUUACGAAGUUUAAUGAUGAAUGAUUUUCGGCAUACCGCUUCUUGCGUUGGAUACAUAUUUAUUUUGGAUUAUUAUAUCUCUGUUAUGUCAAUUGUAACGAGCCACUCAUUGGUUCCAGAACCGUCUCUUAUGUGGCCCACAAUUGCUACUGCCUACGCAUUGUGUCCAGAGGCAUUUGUUAUUUUCGCUACUCCGUACGAACUUUUUAUUUCCUAUAAACUAUCUUUACUUAUCUCUAUAUAAGAAUCGUCUUGCAUAUUCAUCACUUUAGGUCAGCAACGAAUUUCAAGCAACCAACAGCGCAUCAAUUCUAUGGAAAUUAUCUUACCAAGGACAGUUCAACUGUAUAUGAUACAACAGUCUACCUUCCAUCUCACAACACUCCCUCACCCACUCACUUAUUCCCCAGCCACCAAUCAACAAGCCACAGCUUGCAAAUCAUCCUCAACCACUUCAGAAUGAAUUGUCCUGCAUGUA